AUGUCGAUUACGGAAAGUGAUCGGGUAGCGAUUAAUGAGUUAAGAGAAGCUGUCAAAGAUCAUCUUACUCCCUACUAUGACACGGAUUUCAAUUUGCUCCGUUGGCUCAAAGGGCACGACUACAAACUGGAUAUCAUUAAGCCGAAACUUAUCAACCAUCUUUUGUUCCGAAAAUCUGACUGGGAUUUAGAUGGUUUGGCUGAGAAACCACGCGAUCACCCAGUACAUCAUCAUUGGAAGACUGGUCUUACUGGAGAGUCAGGAAUCAUUCCAAACACAAUUGUGAAUAUUGAGCAAACGGGAUCCAAUGACUAUUGGGGGAUGCUCCAAUCAUAUCCAACUAAUGAAGUUUUGAGAGCUAGAGUCCAUGAUUUGGAAAGUAUGCUGAAAGCAGUGAUGGAUUUGGAGAGAAAAACAAAUCAGCAAUGCUCAGUGAUCUACAUAAUGGAUUUGACUGGAAUAAAGUUCGACAAGAAGACUAUAACUCUUCUCACCGGAGGACUAUCUGCAAUUUCCGCCUUUAUGGCCGAGCACUAUGUGGAAUUGAUUCAUAGCUUCGUUCUAGUCAAUGUUCCAGCAUUUAUUUCUGCUAUUUGGACUAUUGCAAAACCAUUGCUCCCAGAGAGAACUCGCAAUAAAUGCAACAUUUUGGGUGGUGAGUGGAGAGCUGAGGUGUUGAAAAUGGCGGAGGGAAGAUGUCUUCCAUCAUAUUGGAAUGAUGAGGAGGAUGAUGGUCCAUUCACUGCACCAGUGGAAAAAUGCGUGCCGUUCCCCGAAGAGAAUUAUUAUAAGGGAAAGGUGCCAGCUAACGCCGAUCAUUUAGCAGUGUCAGCAGGAAAGACAGGGCAUGUGGACAUUGAAGUCAAAACUGGUCAAACUCUUUCCUGGGAAAUCCAUGCCAACGGUCACUUUGCAUUCGCCAUUUAUGAGCUUCCAUUGGUUCCUCUGAAUUCUCCAGAAACAGAUAAUCUUACCAGAGUAUACCCAUUAUUCAGCAAAAUCCCUGGUCCCACCAUGGUUCCGUGCAUUGACAAAAUCGAGUGCCCCUCCACUGCAACCUAUCGUCUCUGGUUCGGCAACCAACAUGCCUGGUUUCACACACUCAAAAUUGAUUAUGUUGUCAAGGCGGAAUAG